UUCGUUUCGUUUCGUUUGGUUCCGUUUGUGCAGGACUCGCACAACUCUUGCAACUCUUGAAACUCAGUAAAGUUUUUUAUUUGGUCGCUUGGCGCACAUUUACAUAAGUGAACUUUGGCAUGCGCGAUGUUCGAGUAACGACGCUGACGACGACGACGUUUGCACUGAAUAAUUAAUGCAAUCAAGCAAUUUGAACCCGUUUCACCGAGUACCUUGCGCGUGUGUUUUAGAACGGUUUCAACGUGACCAUAAUGCGAGUCCCCUAAGCCGGAGACCCUUUUAAGCCCUCGUCCGCCCACGACCCAACCCCAGGAGAGAUAAUUACAACUGACCACUUACCAGAACAGACCAAGCCAGGAACAAGGAAACAAGGAACAGCUAUAUAUAUUUUUCGAGAGCCCUAUUCUACACUCAUAUAUAUAUAUACUAGAAGAUACUAUCUACAGAUACUACAGAGCUGAUCAUACUCUAUAUAUAUUGCUAGUGCUAGUGCUAGUGCUAACUGACCACGCAUAUUCCAAUCAUAAAUUAUCGUGAUAAAAAUUCUUAGGCGCUGAAAGCCAAUUUCAAUUUUCACCAAAAAACGAUAGAAGAAGCACUCGAAACAAGACCGAUAUAUACAUAUAUAUAGAGGGUGAACGAGAGAGAGAGUCCAAAACUGUCUGCAGGCCAACAAAUUACUAAUAAUAAUUUUCAGAUCUAAACGACAACAAAGCGAGACAAACAAACAUCUGCUGGCUACGCAAGAAACAUAUAGGCAAAUAAAUGCGGGUAUAUAGCCGAGAUGCGGAGAGCUAUAUGAGCAGACAGCUUGGCAAAUAUAUUUCGAUUAAAAUAUAAACCAAAUUGGACUGGACAGAGCUUUGACACGAAAACCAAAUAGCUUGCCAAGUGUCUCCACCAACAAAAAUCGCAUAUUCGACGGCAACAAUAGGCCAUAAGAUUCGCAAUCAGCGAAAAAGCGAUUUCCGUGGAAAAAGGAAGAGCAGCCAACAGGUUGUCGACAGAUUUCCCCAAAUUGAUGCGAUCCAAGAAAAGCGCAAAGAAAAACACUUGCAAAAAUUAGCAGCAGCAGCAGCAGCAGCGGCAGCAGCAGUAGCAGCAACCGCCACAUCAGCGGAGGCAGAGACCGUGCAUCUAUAAAUAGUGUUCGAACACUUUCUGCGCGUGACAGCUGUGACAGCGGUGGCAACUAUGACGUCAUUGGCUGGAUAAGCGCCUAGCCACUCGGGCAGCUACGUCACGGAUGCGGUAUAAACUGGUCUGGCUGAUCUGGGCGCAAUAAAAAACAUAUAGCGCAUACGCCGCGUUGACCCAAGGCAAUCAAGAGCACUACUGCUCAGUCUGUGUAUUUGUGAGAGUGUGUGUUUUGGGCAAACAAGAGCGAAAUGGAAGCGGAAUGAUAAUGUCAAUAGUAGCAACAUGCUAAGAGCCAGCAUCAGUAUCAGCAGCAGCAACAACAAUAUUAGCAACAAAAGCGGCAACAUUGGUCGGGCAGCCAUGAGAAUUGCGAGAAAGCACAGCAAGAAGAAAGAGAGGCGGAACCCAAACAAAAAUUGUCAAAAUAUUUCAAUGCUUACAGCUGCUCGAGUCUCAGUCUAAAUUCGUCGUCGAUCGGCAGCAACGAUUGUCGUUAGUUCCUGUUGUUGUUAUUAUUAUUAUUAUUAUGAUAAUCGUUAUUUGUUGUGUGCGUGCAACAUGAAGAAAAACAUAAAUAAAUAAAUAAUAAAAGUGCAAUCAGCAAGCAGCAACUUCAACUAAAAACUCAAAAGCGACUCUAACGAAACGAAACAAAGCCCUUGAAAGCCCCCCAAAAGCCAAUCUCAGAAAGUCUCUGAAAAUCCCCCCGAAACAAACAAUUGUGCGUGAAAGUCAACAGAGAAAGCAUUGUGGUAACAAAUAAAUAUUUGUACUUAAUUAAUAUAAAGUGAAAAACAGAAAUGUCAGCCCAGCGACUUCAAAAGAACUCACAGGCUCCAUAAUAUCCCCUGAACGCACCAGAUUUGCAAAAGCAUCGGCAACAUGCAGCGCACCAAAUGACAGCACGUCCCAGAGAAAUAAAUUCAACUUGAACUCAGUUUGUGAUAUAUCCGAGUAGCAGGAAUGCACUUUAGUUAGACAAGAACCCACAAAAGACAGACAGCUGACAGCACUGCUAACUGAACUAUAAAAAUAUAUAAAAUAACAUAAAAAUAGGAGGACAUUAACCGAAAAGACAUUAAGCCGAAAGCCUGACCCACCAGACCCACCGAUAUCGCGACUUAGUAGUGUUUGAAAGGUCACAAAAGUAUCAGGAAGAGAUCUACUUAGCCUAGUGCCACCAUGCCACAUGGGGUCUGUGAGGAAUGUACGUAAUAUAUCCUGCCGAUGAGCUCAUCUUGAUGACAUAUGGUUUCUUUGCACCCCGAGUGAAACCGCGUCCCACACUCGACUGCCUACGUGAGCCCCAGGUGCCCAUCGAGAUUCCGGAGAGGUCCCUCCCGAAGAACAAAAGCAUCAAAAGCAGCAAUCCAGCUACAAUACCCAAUAGUAAUCCCAGUUCCGCCGCCGCCGCCAUUGUCCAUUUCGAAGCUACUCCGCCCAUUGCCAUCCAGGAUAUACAAGGAUCUCCAGUCUCAGCAUCGCCGUCGCCACCUUUGCUGUAUCCCGGACUACCAUCGCCAACGUCCCCGGCCUCCUAUCCAGGAUCCCCGCCAGUGCACACCACUUUCUUCAACUUCGAGGAGCCGCCAACGCAGGUGAUUCAGAACCAGUCCCAGAGCCUUCCGCCUACUCCUACGCGCCGAACCUCCCGCGCCUCACUGACCCACAACAAUAGCCACAACUCCAGCCAGCGGAGCAGCCUGCGGAGGAACCACCACAUGUAUAAUGAUGGAAACAACGCCUCUGGAUCAGGACGAGCACCAUUCCAGCGCAGCAGCGCAGGGUUUGAAGAGCAGGAGCUGGGUGCAGCAGCUAUAGGCUAUGGCGACCACCGAUCCCGUAGCCCCAGCAUCUUCCUGGAGCCACCCACUCCGGAUCCCACCCAUGCCCACUUCGGACCAGGAUGGGGGCGGCCCAUGUCGCCAAUGGAUCUACCGCCGGAGAAGUCCUUUGGCAGUUCCUCCGGGAGUAAAUCCCCUACUGGCAAGUCACGGCUUCGCCCCAAGCUGCAUCUGCCGUUGGGGCGCCUGGGACGUUCUACCUCCUCGGAAACGAAGGAGAGCAAUCGCCUGCGCGAGGACGUCCAUGUGCACGUGGAGAAUCCGGUUUUCAGCAGCGAGAACCUGCGCCAGAACAACUUUGAUGCCUUUUUCGAGGCCCGCGAGCCGGUCAUUAAGGUUCAGCCUCGCACCCCCGGCAGUGCGCCCACAGAAAGGGGCUAUUCCCCUCCCCUGGAGAACUAUGCGGGUGUCUAUGAUUCGCCCAGGACACGGAGUCCGACGGGAAAGGGCGGCAGUGGCGCGGGAAGCGGAAGUCUUUUUGCCAGGACGCCGCGGGAGGAGCGGGAACGGAUGGCCGCCGCUAGAUCCCGGAGUGCGGAUCAUUGUGAUGGCGCCGGUGGUGGUGGAGGAGCGGUGGCCAGUGGGUCGACCUCAGCGGGCGGCGGUGGCGGAGGCAGUACCUCCGGAGCACACUCCAAAGAUUCUUCGGUAAAAUCUUCAAGUGGUCGAAGAAGUCGUAGGAGGAGAAUCUUCGGGUGGAGGGGACCACGGCGUGGUUCCCUUGGCCCCCCGGGCAGCAUGGCGUCCUACAACGGCGUGCUCAAGGAUUACAGUCACAGCAGCCUGAACGAGGCUUUCAAGUCCCAGAACAAUGUCAACUUUAAGUUAAUUAAAACAGUAUCCGAUUUCUCCGAAACACUUUCCCGUCUGUAUGAGGAACACGCAACUGCCCUACAAGUUUUAGUGUCCAAUUAUCGCAAAAAGAAUGCCGAAUUACGGAAAGAAAGACCCGCCUGCCACUUGGCCAUCUUUCAGGCAUGGGAAACAUUCCUGCAGGAGGUCGAAACCGAUUCACAGGCCUGCAACGAUGUGGCCAGCGUCCUAUCCCGCCAGGUGUCGCGACCAAUGCUGGAUAAAUCCUUUCAUCGCAAAGUUCAAAGCCGUAAAAUAUUUACACACAGGGAGUCUUUUGAGACUAUUAUCGCAAAGACUGAAGAGAAGCUGUCAAAGUGCCGACUGGACUACAAGCAGUGCCACAUGGCGCAUCGACAGAAUCCCAGCCAGCACUCGCUCACCGAAUACAUCGACGCGCACAAUGCCUAUGUGCAGCAGCUGUAUGCCACCAAUGGCAUGCUGGAGGCCUACCACAGUGACACCCUGCCCCAGCAGAUGCAGGAGCUGGAGGAGAUCCACAACGACCUCUGCGGCAUUGUGUCCGAUUCGCUGUUGCAGGGCGCCGAUGUAAUUGCCACCAAGGCCAAUGACCAAGCUAAGCGGUACAACAGCCUGACCAACCAGUGCAGUGCGGUGUCCCCACAACAGGACCUGCUCAACUUUGUCCGACUGCUGGCCCAGCCCUCGCAGGCUCAGAAGGUACCCCGGCGACCCUUUGCCCCGCCCCAGGGCGAGCCCGGUGACGAGGCCGGUGACCACAAUGAGAUGACUCCCGUCCUGCGGAACGAGCUGGUCUUCGACCGACACUCCACCUUGUCGCAGCGCUCUGCUCUGGAUUCACUUAAGCGAGAGGCCAUUGAAUUGGAAUUGCAAAUACGCCAACUGCAGGACUCCAUUGAUGCUUUAAAUCGCACCCAAACGCGCGGUAUCGAGGGUCAACUGUACAACAAGGUCAACGAGCUGCAGGAGGAUCUGUCAAUGAAGAAGUUCGAUUUGCGGGCCAAGCAAAUCCAUUUGGCGGCCAUAAGGGCUCAGAAGGAUCUGUUCGUGAGCAAAGUUGAGCCGACAUCGCCGCGCAACGAACGCAAAUUCUCCGCUGCCACAGCGCCAUCGAUGAAAACAAAGUGGCUGAAAGCAUUUAAAAGCCUAAAGCCUGCUGGUUCUGGUUCAGCACAACAAGCAGAUAGGCGCAAUGGAGCCUCCAGCACAGCCUCCGAGCCGCUGCGUCCCAACUUGGAUGGCAGCCACCACCUUCAGGAGUACACCUACAAGAAGAUAACGGCAUGCGACGUCUGCUCCCAGAUCCUGAGAGGCCACACCCGGCAGGGACUGCGGUGCCGCAUCUGCAAACUGAAUGCCCAUGGAGACUGCGCUCCGAACCUGCCGCGCUGCCAGCCGAAACAGAAGCUGCUCCGCCGCCAGAAGAGCACCUCGGAGCUGGAGAACCGCGUCGAUAUUGAGGAAGAAACAGGCGACAAAUCCGUCCAGGGCAAGGAAGGCAUCCCGAUUCCGGAUCGCGAAAUGGGCCGGGCCCCGCCCACGGAUAUACCGAUUGUCAGCGUAUCGGAGCUGGCCCUGCAGGAGCAGCAGCAGCAACAGCCCCAGCAGCAACAGAUGCAACAGCAGCAGCAGAUGCAACAGCAACAGCAACAUCCGCAACGGAGUCUGGCAUCGGUGGCGCAGGCGGCAGCAGUUAGGGCCGGACGGGGUGUACGUCCACCGCCCGUGGCCAUGCCCAUUCUGGGCGUUCAGCUGCAACAACAGGAGCUGCAACAGCAACGCGGAGGGCUGCCGGUGCCCACCCAAGAUAUAUCUAGUAGCUCAGCACCGCACUCACCGCGUCGCCAAAAGUUGAAUUUACGCAUGAAAUCCCUGAGCCUGGACUCCCCCGAAUCCUCGGAGCUUCACGGCCAGUUUAGGCGUCGAGCCCAACUUCCGGGCACGGGGGCCUCGACAUCGGCCGGCUCCGGCUACUAUCAUGGCGGCUCUGGAGGCCACCUGGAGCACAGCACUCCGCCGUCGAACAACAGCAGGCUGCACUCACCAUCGAGCCCCUCGCAUCCGGGCCGCAAGCUGCUCUACGCCACCCGGGGAAUGCGUGGCGGCAGCGUCGACCUACCGGACGAAAUGGAGAAGUCUCAGUCCUCGGCUAGCACUUCGCCGUGCCUUUCACCCAAAACCCAUCGCCUGCUGCCCACGAAUCUGUACGUUAUCAUCUACAACUUCAAGGCUAGGCAUGCCGAUGAACUGGACCUCAAGGCUGGCUAUAAGGUAACUGUCAUCGACAACUCAGAUCCUGACUGGUGGAAGGGCAAGGUCUUUGGACGCGUCGGCUACUUUCCUUCCAAGUACUGUGUGCGUCUGAAUGCCAACGAGAAGCCACUGCAGGUAACCCACAAUCUACAGGUCUCCGACAGUGAACGUGGCGAGAAUCUAACCCUUUUGAGAGAUCAGAUUGUCAUCCAGACCGGCGAUGAGGUAAACGGCAUGGUGAUGAUCCGCGCCGCGGAGCACGGAUCGGGCUACUGCCCGAUCAAGUAUUUGCAGGAGGUGUGACAGCCAGAAGAGGACGAGCCGCCCUCUGACGAGCGGGACAGACCCUACAAGUCGUCCAUGCAAUCGUCGCAGUCUCGGGCGACGGACAAAACCAAGCGUAGGAUUAGAAUCGUAGUCACCGACAACCAAAGUCAAGCAACUAGUAGCGCUGCACCCGCCCCAUCUGCACCACCUGUCUCCACAUCCACACAGCACCACCACCAGAUACCCAGGGAGUCGGACGUAGAAACGAAGCGCCUGAACAUCGACUAUGGCGACGAGGGCAGCGCCGAUUGGGACAAGGACCGGGAAGUACUAAUCCUUUCGGGACGACGGAACAAGAACGACAAGAACUGGGAGAACUGGGAACGUAUCCGCGAACAAAAGCUGGAGAAGAUGAAGGGCAUUUGCUUCGAAAGCUACCGUCAGUCCAAGCGGGACAAACUAAUGCAGGCCAAGCCUCGACCCAAGCAGCUGGACCCCACCUGGUACACCGACAACAUCUACUCAAAUCGGUCGGACGACAUGGACGAGGACUAUGUGCCCGACGUCCUCAAGUACGGACCCUUUCGUCCGCUUCGGGACAUCCACGAGCUGGACGAGAAGAGCGGUGGCGUUGCGGGAGAAGAGCGCCGCGGCGAGGGUGAGGGAUCCCCCGGAUACGGACUGCAUCGCUCCAAGAGCUGCAAGGAGUUCCAAUAUCCCAAAUCCCAGAGCUGGUGCUUCGAGGGCAAUGUCUUUGAGGCGGGCGGUGGAGUGGCAAGUGCGAGUGGCUCUGGGCCGGGUACGGGGACGGGUGGAAUGGCCGCUCAACCCACCACGUCCAUACUCAAGAACCGAGCCGGCGUGCCCAAGUCCUAUUCCUUCAGUGCCACCACCAAGACUAUGCCUUUCGAUAUCAUUGAUUACGAACUGCCGCCCUCCACGAAUACCCGGCGCGAGAAAAGGGAAGCCUACAGGCGCAACAUGAGCCUCUUGUGCAGCAGUAGUUUCGACGAGAGGACCCUGGCCCAUCGCUGCUGCGCCCGGGAUCAGUGCACUAGUGCCCGCUGUCUCCUGGACGAUAUCUAUCCAGGAUCGAGGCCAAGAACAAGGACGGGCAGCAACCGCAAUUUGAGUGCCGCGGAUUGGCUGUUCGAGGAGCGGAGCGCGGGACGCCAGAGGACACCUGCCCCACCCACUGUCAUCUGUUGCUGCUCGGCCGCUGACGACUGUUGCUGCCACCGCCCGCCAAGGCAGCUGCCGCAGCCAGCUCCAAGGGCCAGGAGCUCCAGAGCUCCGCCGCCGGGCCACUGUCCUGGACACCAUCCGGCCGCCGAAGAGGAGGAGCACAUGCACUGCCGCUACGACACUGACCUGGAGCACUUCAUACGAGCGGAACGAGAGCGGCUAAUGCUGCAGGACAAGUUCCUGGAUGAGGAUGAGCGUUACCUGGCCGCUGCAGCUGCGCCCCGGAGUCCGGGCAGAAGAUAUCCGUCAGCCAACUACCCUCGUCCUUCGCGCAGCAAGUCCUUGUUGGAGAUGCCACCACCCGCUGCCACAUGCAACAGCCUGUUCGACGAGGACACCUGCUCGGACACCACGGAAAUCGAUCUGGAGGACUUCAACAUCGACCUGGAGAAGUACUGGGAGCAACUGGACAAGCCGCCCAGUCCCAUCAACAUGGACAUGCGACGGAACAUGCACAGUAGCCUCAAAGUGAAGAACGUGAACGUCAGGUGCUAUAACAAUGGACAACCCAUUGACAUCCAUGAUCGCGAGCACGAGCGUCUAAUGAUCAAGAAAUCGCUGCUCGAGGGCAUGCCCUCCCCGCCCCAGCUGGACUCCAGCGAGUCCUCGACAACUGCCGGGGGAUAUCCUUUUUUUGAUAAUGCCGCUGGCGCAGCCGCCUCUGCCUUCCACCAUCCGCGUCCCAGCUACGGGUACGGCCACAAGGUCUACCCCACCAUGGACACACUGCCCUCGUACCAGUACAACAACUUCUAUCCGGAGCACAGCCACCCGACGGUGGGCAGUGUGCUGACCCAGCAGCCAACUGCCGGAAUACACCACCCCUCUGCCGGUGGCCAUUCGGCCCUGAGUCUCAUUAACAACAUCUUCUCCAUUUACAAGCCCAACAAGUACUCGCCGGAGAACUGCCAGAUGAACUACGAGAGCAAGCCGGAGCCGUGCAAGAAGAUGAACAUGCCGAGCACACGGCGCCCCCUAGGCUCAGCCACCCCGCAUCCGCUUCCGGUCCAGCAUCCGCACGAGUACAUGCACUCGUCGAUGAAACGGCCCCUGCUGGUGAGUGCGGAUCAACCGCACUUCAAGAUCAUUCCGGAGAAGACGGGCCUGAAGAUAUCGCCGCUGCUGAGCUACGAGGACUACGGAGGCGGUAGCGGCAGUGGGACCGGAAUGGGAGAGAAGGUUCCACAUCACAGACUGAGUAGCACGGCGAGGCCUCUGAUGCUUCCGCACUGAUGGUGCUGGACCUUUCCGUGGUAUGGCAAUGGCAAUGGCAACUAUUGUUAAUAUGUAUGUUUUGUGGGGAGGCAACUUAUCCAAGAGACUUGCGAAACGCACAAACUGGGUCCCGCCAAAAAACCCAAGACAACCAUCCGACAUUCCAGCUGGCGGGGGAUUCCGGCUCAUCCGUUGUGGCAGUGGUGGUGUCUAUCAAGCUUAACCACCCUCCAGCACCCCACUCCACUCCACCCACUCGUCUUCGUCGUCGUCGUCGUCGUCCAUCCGCACAAUUUGCUUUUUGGUUUUCAGCAGGGCAAGUGCAUGUAACAUCCACUCAUCGUUGUCGCCAAAGAAAAAAAAAUGAAACGAGGAAACCCAAAAACAAAAAAAAAACUGACACUCCAGCAACAGGAAAACCACUUAAACAACAACAACUACAGCCAUACCAUUGGAAAACAGCACAACAACAACAACAGAAGCAGUAGCAACAGCAACAGCAGAAGCAACAUCAGCAGCAUCAAAGAACAACUGCAACUGCAAGUUGCAAGCUGCAACUGCAACAUGACCAAAACAACUUAGUCGAGGAAAUGUCGAGGCUUGAAGAUGAAAGUUAGGAUUAGUAACGAAUUGAUCAGAGGUUCGAUUAGUGUAGAGACAGUCCCCACUCCCUAAGAACAACACACAAACACAUAUGUAUACAAUCAAUGUGCUUUUAAUUCGCUUCAAAUCGCUACAAAUGCCGCAGCAUUGCAGUUCAAUGAACAAUAUCCAACUAAAUAUAACAAACAGAUACACUAAUUUUCGAGCAACUUUUAAGCAAUCAACAGCGUAUUCAAUAGAACAAAUAAAAAAACUAAAAUCAAGAGAAAAGAACUAGUAUUAAGUCGAACGUGUGCAUAUGUAUUAAGCCGUUCAUAUCGCGUUUCAUAAUCCAGUAUGAACAUCUAUAUGUAUACCUUACUCUGUAGCAAGCUAAAUCGAUUUUAUUAGUACUGAGUCUAAAGGAUGGUCUAAAGGAUAAAGGAUCUAGGGGACAAGUGCUUUCGGCACUUGUCGGGUUAAACUAAAUGAGGAAUACCGUUUUUAUUGUCACCAAAUUUUUUCUAUUUUUUAUACCAAACAACUUUGAAGUCAACUAAACGGAGGGAGAGUUAAAUGGUAAUUGCAAGGAUCGUUAAAGAUAGAAGCUUUCCCCAUUAUUUGCGGCAACUAGAAGGCGUAUAUAUAUGCUCUAUAUAUACGGUAUGGAUAAGUAUGUGUUGAGAACUCGAUAGAAGCGCUUUUUGUAAACUAACUAGAUUUGUAUAGCAAUGUGAAACAUUGAAUAUGAUAAAUAUGAAUUGUACUUUUAUGAUGUAUGCGUAUCCACUGGCCUUAUUUAUUGAAAAGUACCCAAAAAAACAAUGAGCUGAACCCUCACAUGUACACACACCUACACCCCACAGUUACACAAAUACAAAGACACACAAGACCCCCAGAAAAAAACAAUUUGAGAAUUAAAAUUGAAUUUUCAUAAAAGAUUUAAGUAUAAGGCUUUGCGUCACUUUUGUUAAUUGUUUUUUGGCGUCCAAUUUUACAUGAUAACUAAAUGUAGGGCUCUAGACAAAGAAAUCGACUAAAAAUCGACAAAAUCGAAACUAUCGAGUAUAGAAAAAAAACUAUCAAGUAUUUUGUAGUGCGUAAGCUAACUAAAGAAUAAAAAAUUUAAACCAAAUACCAAAAUAUAUGAGAACUUUUUAGUGCAAGACUCCUUGUGCGUGAAGAUUUUGAAUUUGAAUGACUUUUGAAUACAAGACACAACAAUGAACAAGACAUUUUAUCAGAAAACGUUUUUUAUCUAUUUAACAUUUUCUUGAACCACAUACAACAACAAGAACAAAACAACAAGAAAAAACAACUAUUUUCUAAGUGUACCCUAUGGCCUAUUAGUUAGUAAUUAAGAGAGUGUUUUUCCAAAGCCCCGCUUAGACCACAGAAGAACGAUAGAAGGACGACAAGGACUUCUGAGAGAAGGUAUCAAGGGGGAACUCUGCACAAAUCCCAAAUCUAGAAAAAGAAUAUCCACAUACUGCACCCAAUUAAUUGUACGAUGUAUCUAUCGAGUAACGAGUAUUUACGAUCACAUCUAGAGAGUAAGGAACCGAAUUGUAUUGUAAAAUGAAUGGAAUCGACAAACACGAAAACGCCCAAAUCUUAUGAGUAUGUAAGCGAACAAAAAAUGCCGAAAACUUAAAUUCAAACAGGAUAAUCGCUGGCUGGCAAGCUGCGUGCAUCAAAUCUGCUGAAAUUGGCAAUUAAGUAUAUAGAUAUAUAUAAUGCAUAUGCAUGUAUGUACAAUGUAGUAGAAUUUUUGCGACUAAACCAUAAACCCGAAAGGAGAAAAUUGCAAUCGUAGUGCAGCGCAGCAGUUGUGCAAGUCCAUGGUUGAACUUUGCGAAACUGCUUCUGGUUUUUUUUAGUGUGUACUUUCGUUUUACAUAUUGUACGAUUAAGGAAUUCAAAGCAUUACGAAUGCAGUGGGCCAUAAGCUAUGUCUAAGUCUAAGCCAGAGUUAUUGCGCACCGACUUGGACGGCGAUACCUGGCGCACCUGGUUGCAACUAUGUAGAGAGCAGCAGCCUGGGGAGAACAAACAUGCAACAUACAUACUACAUUUAUGUACAUGUAAACAGUAACUAGUGAAAAACAAAAAAACAAAAAAAACAGAGAACAAUAUAAUAUCAGUGCAACGUAAUAUAUCAACAAAUACCAGAGCUGCAAACAGCAAGAAACAGAACUCAUUAGCACACCUGCAAUUUGAAUGUGAAAAAAAUACCAAAACACACACAUCCUUUCCAGUUCCAUUACCGAUUUCCCGCUUCUACGCAGCGACCCUGUUAUUUUACCUGAAUUGCAAAUAAAAAAGAUGUUGAAUUCGAUGUGAAAAAAAUAAUAAAAA